AAAUGUGGUGUGCGUGAAAGAGCGCAGGCGAGAGUCUAGUUUGUCUGUCAUGAAAAACAAAAAAACGCCUUAACGGCGAGAAAAGGCGAACGAUGCGUUAUGCGUUUUUUUAUACAAACAAAUUCUUAUGUCUCUCUAUCGUAACCGACUUCUUAUUCAUUCUUACAAACAGAUCUUGCAUAAACCCUAUAUAGAUUCUUUCUCUUUCUCUUCUUCAAACUUUUCUCUCCAUUUUCCAUCCUCUUCUUUUCUUUCCCGGCAAAUUCUUCCAGAUCUUUCUUGCUCCCUCUAACCGUUUCUUGCUCUCAUCCGCAUUCGAUUCGAUUCACAUUUUCGCCUUCUUUCGAUUCAUCACAGUGGUGGAUCAUCACUUCCGAGUGGCGUGGUGGUGAUGAUGGAGCACUGGUUGUUGCUGUUGUUGUUUUAGUUGUAUAUAGAAGAACAAAAAUGGAUGAUAGAGGUGGUUCUUUCGUCGCUGUUAGGAGAAUUUCGCAGGGUCUUGAUCGAGGCAACACGUGCCAUUCAACUUCUGCUGAGCUUGUGACGGGAUCAACAGCAUGGCUUGGCCGAGGUUUAUCUUGUGUCUGUGCACAGAGAAGAGAGAGCGAUGCUCGACCAUCUUUUGAAUUAACUCUAUCCCAGGAAGAAUGCCUGCAGAGGCUUCAGAGUCGUAUAGAUGUUCCAUAUGAUAGUUCUAUCCCCGAACACCAGGAAUCCCUAAGGGCUUUAUGGAAUGCCGCAUUUCCUGAAGAAGAGCUCAGGGGCUUGAUUUCAGAGCAGUGGAAAGACAUGGGAUGGCAAGGGAAGGAUCCAUCAACAGAUUUUAGGGGUGGUGGUUACAUAUCAUUAGAGAAUUUGCUGUUUUUUGCCAAAAAAUUUCCGAAAUCUUUUCAAGAUCUUUUACGGAAGCAGGAAGGAGACCGUUCAGUGUGGGAGUACCCAUUUGCUGUUGCUGGUGUUAACAUUACAUUCAUGCUUAUUCAAAUGCUAGAUCUGGAAGCAGUUAAGCCAAGGACACUGGUGGGAGCAACCUUCGUAAAAUUCCUAGCAGAAAAUGAGUCAGCUUUUGAUCUUCUCUAUUGCAUAACAUUCAAGCUGAUGGAUAAUCAAUGGCUUUCCAUGCGCGCGUCAUACAUGGAUUUUAAUACAGUGAUGAAAUCUACACGCCGUCAGCUGGAGAAAGAACUUCUGCUUGAAGACCUUACACAGCUGGAAGAUGUACCCUCAUACAAACUUCUCACACAAUAGAUAUCAACCCUUAGUCCGUCAAUCUACUAGUUUUAACUUGAAGAUUAUUGUACUUGAUGUGAUGCUACUCGUACUCCCAUUCUUCCCAUUUCAACAUUUACCCUUCUAACAUUCGAGCAAGAUCAAGGUGAGCCGUGUAUGAUAUCAUCAAGGUUUUGAAGACAGAGUGAAAGUUCAAAUCCGGUUGGAGGAUGUGUUGUGACGGGCACACUGCCAGGGGAGUCAGAAAUGUAGGUUUGCUUUGCAUGGUGCCAAAAAGAUUAGAUUGUAAUGGUUGUGGUUUGCCUAUGUAUUUCGUUGACGUCCAUUAAUGGGCAAAUAUAGAGUGCAGUAUUAUAAUUCAAGCAGGCUCGCUAAAGUUGGUAGCAACUGCUGACCUUGUUUGUGAAGGUAUUCAAAUACUGCAUAUUUGUUUGAGUACAAGAUAUAAAGUUUGAGUUGUUGAACGCUAGGAUUCUAACUACUCUGUUUUGCUCUAA